GCUCUGCACAUGUGCGAGUUUCACGUAAGGAAGUCCAACGCAUGAGUUUUGGAUGGAGACAGGAGGUGGAGGAGGCUACACACAGAUCAACUGAACUCAUCAGUGAAACCUGCAGACACGUGAUCUCUGGAUUCAUGGAUCUCUCAGGGAGUUGAUUCACUUUUCUCUGAGGCAGCUGCAGCUCGUUGUGCCUCUCGACAUAUUUACAUCUACUUCAGCAUGUGGGUGUUUACAUCAGCAGCUCGUCAGCACAGGCUGCUGCUGGUUCGGGGCAGAGGAUUGUACAAGUCGGUCUCAGGAGUGGAUUCUCAGGUCGCCUCUCACCAUGUCACAGCGUCUCUCCUGCACCCAGAGGACAGCAGCUUCAACCCUGGGGGGAAGCGACGACACAGACACAAUGAGACUCGUGAGAGGUCAGUGCAGAGCAAAGAGUGGAGGGAUGAGAUCCCAGUGAUGCAGAGGACAGGUCAGCGGAAGGAAGACGCCCACAGAGUAUCCUCUGAACUCAGGAAGCUGUGUCUGGAGGAUUCCCCCACAGAGAGGGAGAGGCCGGGGACGCAGAGGUCAACACCGGACUCCAAAGUAGAGAUUGUUUUUGGCGUCUCUCCCUGUCUCUUGGCUCUGACUCAGGGCAGAAGGAAGGUCAGUAAGCUCUUUGUAAAAGAUGGCGAGGCCUCUCACCGGGCGUCUGUGUUGAAGGUGUGCGAGGAGGCCUGUCGGCGAGGAGUGCGAGUCCAGCGGGUCAGCAAGAAGGAGCUGGACAGGAUGUCUUCUGAGCGAGUUCACCAAGGAGUGUGUCUGCAAGCCAGUCCUCUGAGCUAUCUCACAGAACACUCAGACUCUGCACCGGGCAGAAAGGACCCCCCUCUGUGGCUCGUCCUUGAGGGGAUUCAGGACCCCAUGAAUCUGGGGGCCAUCCUGCGCUCUGCUUACUUCCUGGGUGUGGACAGAGUGGCCAGCAGUCUUCACAACAGCUGUCCACUGUCUCCAGUGGUCAGCAAGGCCAGCGCUGGAGCCAUGGAGGUGCUCGGGGUGUAUGGAUACAAGAACCUUGAAGAUAUGGUGAAGCUGAAGGUGGCACAGGGCUGGCAGGUGGUCGGCACAGUGGGCGCCGAAGCAGACGAGUCUCAGCUUCCUGUCACCCAGUGCUCAGACUUUCAGAUGACAGGGCCCACGGUGUUGCUAAUCGGUGGAGAGGGGGGGGGAUUGUCCCGGGGGAUGCUCUCUCUGUGCCAGACGCUGCUCACCAUCCCAGCAGGCAGAGAUUUGUUUCCUGGAGUAGAGUCUCUGAACGUCUCCGUCGCUACUGGGAUCCUGCUGCACACACUGCUCUUCUCCAGGAAGUCGACCACAUGACCACACCAAAGACGUCUAUACAUACACUGCUGCUGACCUUCGAGGGUCACAUGGGACUCGAACCAAAUGCAGUACUCUGCAAAUGUUUUAGGCACUGAAGUAAUGUCAAAACAGCAAAUUCAGCAAACUUUCAGAAACAAAGUCACAAAUAAUCCGGAGCCAUAAGAGCUGUGUGUGCACGGAGACCUGAGCCUGUGUAGUGUGCAGUGAAGCUCGAUUUCUGUGGUUUUAUGUGCAAUUAUAGUUUAAUUCUGGAUUUGGCUGCAUAUCAUCUUUCUUCAUCUCUCCUUUUCCUUCCAUGUUACUCCCCUUGUCUCCUGAAUUUUACGGGAUAUAACAAUAUUUUUUAUUUAAAAUGCAAGUGUCAAACUGAAAAAAAAAUCAAUAUACUUGGUAGAUAGGUUAUCAUUUAUAAUCAUCAUACUCCCCAUUAAGUAGGAUGGGACGUUGCCACAGUUCUAUGGAUUCUGUCUGUCUCAGUGUCCUUUGUCUCUUCAUGUGAAACAGACUGACUCCAUGAUGAUGAGACCAGGAGUCUCUGCUGCAGGUCUACAUGUCCUUCUUGUCUCUGAAGACAGUUCUUAUUGUCCCUGAUGGUGUUUUGUGAUGGAUACAUAUCUAAAGUGCCUAAAGCUUUUUCACUGCUCGGUAUCAGCCUGUACUUUAACUAAAGAUGCAAUGGAACUGAGACUUGGCCAUUAAUACACAGCAGAGUUGCAUGAUCUGUAUGAGAUGUAACAUUUCUAUCAUGAGAAGUUGUUUAAAGGAGAAGACAAAUCUGAUGAAAAGACCAACAAUGAAUUGAUCAUUUUAGAUAUAUUAUAUAUGUAGUCAGGAGAUUGAUAUUUAAAAUUAUUCUGUGUAACCAGGCUCAAUGAAAUGUCCAUAGACACAAUAUUCUAUUUUGACUCGAUCCCACACACACGAACAUGCUGCUCCAAAUACUCUCAGAGCAACUAAUGUGUAUCAGUCCACCGCUGAAAAUAGUCCUGGAAAAAAUGCACUGUUUCAACUGGUUUGAAUAAAGUUAGUAAAACUGUA